AUGGCUGCGGAUACACUCCAAGUUCCGAGAGUGCAACUGGGAAGUCAGGGAUUAGAGGUCUCCAAGCUUGGAUUUGGGUGUACAGGGUUUACUGGAAUCAACAAUAGUGCUCCAGUCAGUGAAGAGCUUGUAUUAUCAAUCAUCAAGCACGCAUUUGAUAAAGGAAUAACAUUCUUUGAUACAUCAGAUAUUUGUGGACCACAUACGAAUGAAGUUUUGGUGGGAAAGGCAUUGAAGCAGUUGCCUCGAGAUCAAGUUCAGCUGGCUACAAAGUUUGGUAUGGUAAGAAUUGAGCCUAAUCAAGUUAUAGUUAAUGGCACUCCGGAAUAUGCCCGCUCAUGUUGUGAAGCUAGUUUGAAGCGCCUUGCUGUUGACUACAUCGAUCUUUACUAUCAGCACCGGAUAGACACAUCAGUCCCAAUAGAGGAUACUAUGGAAGAACUAAAGAAGCUGGUGAAUGAGGGGAAGAUAAAGUACAUUGGAUUAUCUGAAGCUAGUGCAGAAACAAUAAGGAGGGCAUAUGCAGUUCAUCCUAUUACUGCUGUACAAAUGGAGUGGAAUCUUUGGACUCGUGAAAUUGAAGAAGAAAUUGUCCCUCUUUGCAGGGAACUUGAAAUUGGGAUAGUGACAUACAGCCCUCUUGGUCAUGGAUUUUUCGCUGGCAAGGCAAUGGUGGAAAGUUUGCCUGCAAAUAGUUUUCUGCAAUCACUUCCUCGUUGUCAAGGCGAAAACCUUGAGAAAAACAAGAUUCUAUAUGAUAAAGUACAAUACUUGGCUGAAAAACAUGGAUGCACCCCUGCACAACUUGCACUUGCGUGGAUUGUUCAUCAAGGUGAUCAUGUGGUACCUAUCCCUGGGACAACUAAGACUGAGAAUAUUGAUGCUAAUGUUGAUUCCUUGAGAGUGAAACUCACUAAAGAAGAUAUACAGGAGAUAUCUGAAAUGAUACCCAUCAACGCAGCCACAGGAAAUAGAGUAUCCGAAAGUCUUAUUCGCUGUUCCUGGAAGUUUGCAAAUACACCACCAAAAGCUAGCAAUGUGACUUAA